AUGGCGUACCUCGGAACCACGUCAGCGGGGCUCGAAUUCGCGCUACGAGAUGAGGUGAGAGCCGCGCAGAGCACGGGUUUCUCUCUCGACCCGCACGCGAGGCUGGCGGGGAGGGUGUCUGACGUCAGCGCGGUGCAUGGCGGGGUGAGGUUCACCACUGGCGCUGCUGCUGAGGAGCUGCAGCAGCUGAGGGCGGUGGACAACCUAUACGCGUUUGUAGCCUCACGAGAGGACGUGCCACAUGGCAAGGAGGCCGUUGACUACUUCACCGCACUGCCAGCUCAGAUAGACUGGCAGCCAGCCCUCUCGCUUUUCCACCAAUGGCAGCAGCGCAGGGAGGAUGGAAUGACGUCAGCAGCAUGCGAAAGCAGACAGGAGCUGACGUCAUCAGCUGAAGAGCAUGAAAAAUCACCUGAGAGGAAGAGGCUGAGACAGGAGGGAGAGCAUGCGGUGGCGGUAACACCUGGGGCAACAGACACUGCUGAUGUGGCACCACCUGAAGGAGCACCUGGGGAAACACCUGAAGGAGCACCUGUGGGAACGCGUGAGGGAGGCAAGGCAGUGGCGGCGGCAGCGGCAGAGGCAGCAGCAGGAGGAGCAGCAGAGAGGCAGGGUUCCAGUGGGCUGCAGUUUAGAGUGACCUGCCAUCGUGUGUGCAUGAAGCUUACCAAACACGGGUUCUCCUCCCCUGAAGCCGCUGGCGCCUUGGGCGAGGGCCUUCUGGGAAUCUUCCCAUCCUGGACCGUCAGCCUUCGCCAGUUUGAGUUGGACGUGCUAGCAUGGAUCCGGGACUCCCAUCUCACGCUGCUCAUCGCACUCAUCUAUGCUGAUUCCCCGAAGAGAAGUGAAGAGGGAUCAAAGGAGCAACAGGAACGGCAACUAAAGGAGCAACAAACAGAACAAGUGAAGGAGCAACAGGCAGAGCAAACCAAUGGAGAGAGCAAGGAUUUGGACAAGUGCGGCGGCAGCGGGGAGGGCAAAAAGAACGCAGGGAGGGCAAUUCAAGCGAGAUCACACAACGCAGAGAGACAGCUCUACUCCUUCCGCGCCUAUCGCAAGGCCCUCGUCCCAACGUCCCUCAAGCCCAGCACCGCCUUCGCCCUCCUGCAACUGGCGGACAUCCGCCCAGGCGACAUCGUGCUCGACCCCAUGUGUGGCUGUGGGACUCUCCCUCUGGAGGCUGCUGAUUGGUUGAAAAGUUGCGUCAGUGCAUUUGGGGGGGAUAAAGAUGCAGGGGCUGUAGAUGCUGCUGCAACCAAUAGCAUCGCUUGGAGAACCGCUUUAGCCAAUAGCAAAGCCUUGGGAAUUGCUGCGGCGAACGGGAGCGCCUUGAGAAUCUCUGCGGCCAAUCAGUGCAAAGAGGAAGCCGCUGUAGCGAAUGGGGAUGCAGCAAGGAGGAGCCAAAAGGGCCACGUGGCAGGCUGUGAUUGGCUGGUCUGGGAUGCCUCUGCCCUGCCUCUGCGAACCGGCUGUGUGGAUCGGGUGCUCUGUGACAUGCCCUUCGGGGUGCGGUGUGGAAACUUCAAGAUGAGAGAACGGCUGUGCCCCGCAGUGAUCCGGCAGGUUGCACGUGUACUGACCCCAGGCACUGGACUGGCAGUGCUGAUGGCGGUGGGGAGGGGUGUGAGGGCAGCUGUUGAAGGCCUGUCUGUGUGUCUGCGGGAGAAGCAACGACUGGCUGUGGAAAUGGAGGGUAUUCGAGUUGAUGUUUAUGUGUUGGAGCGAACUGAAGCCGCUGUUCCGGACCCACCGCCACCAGCACCAGCAGCACACCGACUUGCAAGGAAGAUCUGUAUAGGAAAAUCAGAGGAAGAGAAUAGAACUCAAGAACUUGCUGCUGCUGCUCCUGCUCCUGCUGCCGCUGCUGCGGCCGCUGCUGCUGCCGCGGCUGCCGCUGCUGCUGCCGCAGCUUCUGCUGCUGCUGCUGCUGCUGCUGCUGCUGCUGCUGCUGCUGCUGCUGCUGCUGCUGCUGCUGCUGCUGCUGCUGCUGCUGCUGCUGCUGCUGCUGCUGCUGCUGCUGCUGCUGCUGCUGCUGCUACCACCACUGUUGCUGCCACUGCCAACACUGCCACUUCCACUGAUCACACCACUGCCGCUCCUUUGCAAGCAAUGGUGUGCCGGCUGUUGCAUUUGCUGUAA